AUGGACAGCGAGCGACUUGCUGCGAUACAACACGAACUUGACGGCAAGGAGGCAGUGGUGGCGUCCCUUGAAGAGACCAAUGCAGCCUUGCAAGGAAGAUACAACGCUUGUUUGCAACAGCACAACAUGUUGCAAGGCGACUGCGAGCAACGCAGAAAGGCCAUUACUGACCUCGAACAUCAGCGCGCCGCUGAUAAGACCGCGUUGUAUGCGGCACGAUCUCGAUACAAGGAGCAGAUGAAGCGCCUCAUCGACCAGCAGCGCCAACAGAAGGCGCGGCAGUUUGAUCCUUCACUGCUCGUUGCAGCGAGUGCAGCUGUCCAGGCUGACAUUCUUUCGGUCGAAGCCCCAUACAAGGAGAUUGUAGAACAGCGGGCACGCUUUGACCACUCAUUGCAACCAAUCUCCCUGGAGGCGAUGGAGCCAAAGAGCCAAACAUUGGCCAUCAUCUUGCGCCACCUGCAAAAGAUUUGA